AUGAGGACCAGGAGGAGCCCAAGAAGAAGCCGAAGCAGGAGAAGGAGGAAGCCAAAGGUAAAAAGGCCGAUCCCAAGACGAAAAAGGAUGCUGAGGAGGACACCUAGGAGGACUCCAAGGAGGAAGCCAAGAAGAAGGUGCCGAAGAGGAGACUGUCCGUCUCGGAUUGGACUCAGAUGGUCGAAGCCCAAGAGAGCGAGGAGCAGGAAGAGGAGAAAGACCGAGGAGGCUGAGACUGUGAAAGAGAAAGAGAAAAGGGACAGAAGCAAGACCAACAAGUUCAACUUCCUGAUGGCUUGCGGAUCCGUGCCUCAGUCGGUGCAGAAUACGUAUAAGAACAUGACGGGGCCAGGAAGCAGGAUCAAGCAGACACAGUUCAUCAACGCGAUCAUUCAGAGGGACCCGGGGGGCAACUUGCAGCUUGCCGGGACGAAGAGAGCCACCGUUGCCGGAGCUCAAAGAUUGCGGAACGAGAAGAGCUUUGAGAUGGAAGACAAGGGGAUGAGCCAAACGUUGAUCAUGAAUAAGUUCAACAUGACCCCGGAAGCACUCAAGGAGGCGUUCAACAACGGGGAGGUGGACAUUGCCUACCACAGCGGCAAACCCUACGUGUCCUGGAGGAUUCUCAGGUCGAGAAACAAAGACUCGAAGAGCACGGACAUCGAUCUUCAAGGGAAGAGGAUGGCGAUAUCCGAAAGGGAGGCAGGCCAAAUGCAGAGCCUCUUGGACGAUAUCAACCUGGAGCUGCCGACGGAGCUGCCGGACAUGCCAAACAAGCCGAUGAUCGCCGACGGUGAUUCCGGUUCUGGAACAGGAACAGGAUCUGGAUCUGGAUCGGGAUCAGCAGGACCAGCAGCAGAGGAGAAGGCGAUGACGACGGCCAAGUGGGCUAAGACAAAGGAGCUCGCGGAACAAGGAGUCACCACCUGUGGGCAAUUGCAGGGCAAAGAGCUUCCGAAGAAAGAUUAUCCCGGCGAGGUGACCUUCGACAAGGUCAAUGCAUUUUUGCAGCAGCAGGUACUCGUGAUGAAGGGCAUCAACGAGGACAUAGCAGGCGUCCGGGGCAAGCUCGAUGUCCGAGCCAAGGGAGAGAAGAAGAAGGAAUGGAGGAGAGUGCUUGGGCCGCAGCCGGAGGUGUGCUACGGGGAGUACCUGGCCGUGAUGGUCCGGGCAGCUGAAGUCGUGUACAAGGAGCCUCCCAAGUUUGUGGAAGGGACGACUUUCUUCCUGGACCGGAUGUGUGCCAAGCACGUUUGGGAGUACCCGGACGGGGACAUGGACCUGCCUCGGUGGAUU